AAGGUGUAGUUAAUAAGAUUGAAAGGAGUCCGUACAUGUUUUGAAGGAGCGAGUGUCUUCUUUUCUUUUCUCGUUUCAUACUUGAACCACGACUACGACCACUACCGUCCUCCUCUCCCCCUAAUCCUGUGCUCUAUUUCUUCUGUUUAAUCUUUCUCUCUCUUCAUUGAUAUUGCCAAGAUGUCGAAGACCGAUGAUUCAGGUGAUGACUCAAAUGGGGAUUCGUUUCAGCAGGUGAAACAAAGGUUCAAGGAUCGAUCUAAGAAAGUGGCUCAAACGAAGGAUUUGCUUUCGAAACAAGCGGUUCAGACUAAGGAGAUCCUGUCCAAACAGGCCGUUAAGAUCGCCAAACAAGCUGAAGAACACGAAAGUUUUAUCAGCAAGGUGACUCAUCUGAUGGGAGUGCUCUGGUUUGGUGGGUUUUGCUUUCUUUUGGGAGCAAGACCGCAAGAUAUUCGUUAUAUAUAUUGUUUGUUCUAUGUCAUAUUCGUUCCUCUUAGGUGGAUAUACUACAGGUUCAAGAAGUGGCAUUACUAUCUUUUGGAUUUUUGCUAUUAUGCAAAUACAAUUUUUUUGGUUGAUCUUCUUCUGUAUCCAAGGAAUGAAAAGCUUUUCAUGAUCUGCUUCUCUUUUGCUGAGGGGCCUUUAGCAUGGGCAUUGAUUGUUUGGCGUUGUAGCUUGGUGUUUAGCUCUCUUGACAAACUUGUUAGUGUCCUUAUACAUCUUCUACCCGGGAUAGUUUUCUUUACCAUUCGAUGGUGGGAUCCAGCAACCUUUGCAGCCAUGCAUCCGGAAGGAACUGCUCGCAGAAGUUCAUGGCCUUAUGUAGAAGACAAAUCUUACCUAUGGACAUGGCUCUUUGUGGUUCCCUUAUUUGCAUACACUCUCUGGCAGAUUCUGUACUUUCUCAUCGUCAAUGUUUUACGUCGACAAAGGCUGUUAAGAGAUCCUGAAGUCAUGACUUCCUAUAGGGAGCUUUCGAAGAAGGCUCAGAAAGCAAACAACACAUGGUGGCGCCUGAGUGGUUUGCUUGGGGACCAAAACCGCAUGUUUAUGUACAUUUUGCUGCAAGGCCUUUUCACAAUAGCAACUAUGGCGCUCACAGUCCCCAUCUUCUUGUCUUAUGAAUUACAUCUCAUUUUUCAAAUUCUCAAGGUCUCUGCCACUGCUUGGUAUGGAGGGAGCUUUUUGCUUGAUGUAAUGCCUAGGCAAGUUAUUCUCAAGGAGAAAAAGAAAUCAGAGAUGCAGCCGGCACAAACUCAACAAGAGCCGCCCCAUAUUGUGCCAGAAAAUUCCGACUCCAUUGAGGCACAGAAUUCAGCCGAAAGCUAAGCUGUCUUUCUUAAAAAGUACACUGUUUUAGUAUCAGGAAAAGAAAAAAAAAACUAGUCAAGUUUAUACCCUCUAAUUCUAAUUUUCAUCUGGUAUGCCCACAAAUUAGCUCUUUGUAGUUUGAAUAGUGUUGGUUUGGAUAGGUUUUGGUUGGUCAGAAAAUGUUCUUCGAUUUUGGACGUCAUUUUAAUCUUAAAAAAUUUGUUAUAGGUACGAUGCACUUUUGCACCAAAAACAAAAAUUGAUGGAUUGAAAUAUGAAUUCUGGACAUUAUCUUUUA